AUGCUGAUCCUGGGGCCCUGCCUCAUCGUCACGGUCAUCGCGCUCGUGUCCUGCGAGACCUACUGGGCGCUGAACGUGCUCGUGCCGCGCUUCGCGGAGCGAUGGUCCGCGCGGUGGUGGGCGCACGCGCUGUGGAUCGCGUUCCUCUGCUUCAACGGGCUCUUCAACUACUUCUCCUGCGUGCUGACGAACCCGGGCACGCACGACUCGACGGUCUACCGCGACCUCGUGCGCGCGGCGAGCGUCGACGGCACGCUGUCGGCCGGCGACUGGCUCGACUACGCGCGGACGCACGACGUCGACGGCGCGUCGACGGGCGCCGACGUCGAGGCGCCGACGUCCGCCGAGUCGAAGCGCCUGACGUCGGGGGCGCGGCCGCCCCGCAGCGCGCCGGCGCCCGGGUUCCACACGCGGCUCAGCGCGUCGUCGUGGCUCGAGCGCGGGCCCUACGAGUGGGGCUACUGCAAGCGGUCCGCGGGGCCCAAGGCGCCGCGGAGCCACUACGACCACGUCACGCGCAAGCUCGUGCUCAACAUGGACCACUACUGCCCCUGGAUGUUCAACUGCGUCGGCUUCGCGAACUACCGGUACUUCGUGCUCUUCCUCUUCUACGUCUCCUGCGCCUGCGCCUACGGGAUCUGCCUCACCUUCGCCGACUUCGUGCUCAUCGCCGGGCCCCGGAACCCGCGCAUGAUCCGGGGCGUCCGCGUGACGAACCAGAUGCGCACGGCCGUCAUGUUCACCUUCGUGCUCGCCGUCUCCGUCGGCCUCGCCGUCGCGAUCCUCUUCGGCUGGCACUGCUACCUCGUGCUCACGGCCCAGACGACGAUCGAGUUCUACGGCAACCACACGCUCCGGCUCCGCGCGCGCGUCCGCGGCGAGCGCUUCCGCAACCCCUACGACCGCGGCUACGCGAACAACUUCCGCCAGGUCUUCGGCGCGGCCCACCCCCUCAUCGCCGUCCUCCCGAGCUCGCGCAAGCCCCCGGGCGCGCCCUGGCCCGCGCCGCGCGCGCGCGCGACCGUGGACGUCGUCUAA